AUGCGGAACACGAACAACCUUGGGCUUCUAGCCCUUGGUCUUGUAUCCUCCAUCGCAGGGGCUUCAGCAGGUCUGACGUGGCCUUCUGCCUACGACGAUCUUGAAGAUCUCGUCUACUUGACCAACGGAUACAACGCACGAGGCUUUCCCGUGACUCUACAACCCUGCACGAUAGCCAAGGAGCCCGGGCAUUCGAUAGCUGCAGCAUUCGUCAGAACAGCUUUCCACGACAUGGCGCCCUUCGACAUCGCGACCGGCGUCGGAGGCACUGAUGCCUCGAUUGGAUUUGAGCUGGAUUCGAGCAUCUAUCCCACCAACACCGGCAUUGCCUUCAACAAUACUAUGCAUUUCUAUUCGCAGUUCUUCAACAGUCGAACUUCCAUGGCUGAUCUUGUCAAUGUUGGCUUGUACAUGGCUGUGAGAGCUUGUGGUGGUCCGAUUGUCCCUGUACGAGCCGGACGCGUGGACGCUACAGGACCUGGACCCGUUGGCGUCCCAGAACCCACAGACCCAAUGCCAAAGAUGAUCGGCAUAUUCAGACGCAUGGGCUUCAGUCCUGAAGAGAUGGUCUUUGUGACUGCAUGCGGCCACUCGCUCGGAGGCGUCCACUCUGCCGAACAUCCCGACAUUGUGCCUCCCAACAGCACCCCCCUGGAUGUGCAGGACUUGGAUAGCACCAACGCGACAUUCGACAACGCAGUAGUUACCGAAUUUCUCGACGGCACAACAAAGAACCCGCUGGUUGUGGGCGCGAACCCUGCUGCUUAUUCCGACGGCCGUAUUUUUGGCUUGAACAACAGGCAGACAGUGUCGGCCCUGGCUGACCCCUAUGCCUUUGCAAACACUUGCUCUGGCAUCUUCCAAAAGAUGGUCAACACGGUCCCCCGGGCUGUAGAGCUCUCCGAUAUCAUUACGCCUUACGAGCUCAAGCCCACCAACUUGCAGCUCAAUGUGGCUGCCGACGGGCAGAACCUGGAGUUCAGUGGCGAGCUCCGCAUCCACACCAACGACCUUCCAUCGUCAUCCAUCGCCAGUGUCCAGCUCAUUUACAGGGAUCGCACCGGCGCAUCCGACAGUGCGUACACUAUCUCUGCUACCGUUGCCGGUGAUGCCAACGGAUUUGACGAUACCUUCACUUUCUACAGCUUCGCCUCGACGAUUCCGGCCUCUACUUCCAUUUCGACCUUCACCGUCCUCGUCACGCUCACUAGCGGCGGUACACAGACCUUUGACAACUACGGCCAGGGCUACGCCAUCUCCGACAAGAUCUUCGCCCAAACCUCGUACUCUUCCUUGUCCGCCGUCGAUGGCUCUGGCAGCCAACAACUCACCGUAUUCGCUGCCGCGCGCACAGGCGAGGCCUAUGAGCCAGUCAACCUAUCCAUGGAGCUGAUCAACCCUAUCACCUACAACGAUUUGCCCACCGUCAGCGUGGUCCCUCAACCCAUGACCAGCGUCUGUGCCGGCCAAUACUAUACCUUCUACUCGGCCACUUUCAGCGUCCCCGCCCCAGGUGUCAACUUUACGCACUACGACGUGUCCGCCACCUCGGAUGGGGCCGUCGUCUCGGACAGCUUCAAAAGUCUCAUGUCCUUGCCCGCCACAGCCGCGGCUGCCCCGUCGUGCGGUGGUGCUUGGGCCAAGCGAGCCGUCAACUUCAGUGCCUAA